UUCACUUUGCAUUUCUCUCCAUUAUUAUUUCCUCCUUCUCCUUUAAGUUUUCUAUUUUUUCUCUCUCUUAGGGUUUUAACAACAAUGGCUGAAGUAGCAGUAGAACCACAAAACGGAGGCUCAGUUACCGAGGCACAAAACGGAGGGGCCACUGAGAACUCGACACGUGUCGUCGUCUUCACAUCAGUGAAGCCACAGCUGUUUGUGGAAGCACCGAAAGCAAACGACGCCGUAACGUUUUACAAAGCGGCGUUUGGUGCUGAGGAAGUGACACGUGUCAACCAUCCGAAGAGGAAAGCUGAACAGGAAACACCGUUGAUCUUGUCCGUUGAACUCAAACUUGGCUCAUUUGCUUUCCUUGUUGCUGAUCUUACUGAUGAGGACUCCACUGCUCCUGUGAAGACUGCUUCGACUGGUUGUGUUUUCUGCUUGGAGACUGAAGAUGUGGAAGCUGCUAUAGCCAAGGCUGUCUCUGCUGGCGCUGUUGCUGAGGGCGAAAUAGCCGAAGGUGAUGCUGCUGCUGCUGGUUGUUGCGGUGGGCGUGUUGGAAAGCUGAAGGAUCCUUAUGGCAAUGUCUGGAUGAUUUGCUCCCUUGUUAAAAAAUCCGAGUAAUCACAGAAGAAACUGCUCUUGUUCAGUGCUUUUGUUCUGCUUUCAAUGAAAUUCCGGUUAUCUAAUACCGAUGAAAAACUCUCAUAUUAACUCUAGGUAGGUGUUAAUGGGUUAGCUUUUUGGAGGAGGAGGUCCAGUUUGGCAUAUUCGUGAUUUUGAACAGUGAAAACUCUUGGCUGUAGUUAAUAUAACACCUUCCUAUCUAGUAGUUAGAUGA